AGCCAGGCCACCUCAGACCGCUGCCGCUACGUGGCGAGCUCAGUCUCCGGACCCUCUCGCCCCUUGAUUCGUCAACUCAUUUCCUCCUUAUUGAAACCCCGCCGGGCUGCGAUCAAGAAGGCUGACCGAGUUCCCUCGUGUGUUCCUGUUACUCUAGGCUGCCGCUGCCGAAACCGGUAAACGCCCUUCCUCCGCCGCCUUGGAGGGAAGGGGGGGAGACCCGCGGUUCUCUCCUCUCUGCCCGCCCCUCUGUCUCCCGACACGGGACGAGCGGCUUAGCCCAGUUUACCCACCCGCGCCGCGGUAGUCUCGCACAAGUGAGCCCGGUUACGCUCGGACCAGUUAGAACCGGCCUGGCUCUUCAGACCCUGACCGACCCAGAGCCUUUCCGCGGCGGCUCACCGUAAUCCGGUAAAGCGCAUUAGUGCGCUAAGUUUGGCCCCGGCAGCCUUUGACCAGCACGGGACAGGGUGGGAAAAGAGACACCGCCGUCAUCCGGAGAGGAGUGGACCAGAACACUCCCCCCCCCCUCCUCGCGACGCACGGAGAGGAGUGGACCAGAACACCCCCCCCUCCUCACGACGCACGGAGAGGAGUGGACCAGAACCCCCCUCCUCGCGCAGCACGGAGAGGAGUGGACCAGAAAACCCCCCCUCUUCCUCGCGCGGCCCGGAGAGGAGUGGACCAGAACACCCCCCCCCCUCCUCGCGACGCAGAGAGAGUUUUGGGUCUGUUGUGCGCGCGCGCGCGCCGCUCGCCACUAUGAUGCAGCUUUCGGAUUCGUACAACCAGAAGAACUCCCUGUUCACCGCCAUGAACCGCUUCAUCGGCGCGGUGAACAACAUGGACCACACGGUGAUGGUCCCCAGCCUGCUGCGGGACGUCCCCCUGGGUGACGCCGAGGAGAUAAAGGCGACGGCGCGGACCGGCGGCGCGCCGGACUACGUGCCGGACGGGGACUACAUCGCGGACGGGGACAUGUACAGCUCCUACGUGCUGCUCAAAUCCAUCCGCAACGACAUCGAGUGGGGCGUCCUGCAGGGGGACGAGCGGCGGAGGGAGAAGGUCGGCGCGACGCGCGCCGAGGCGCAGGACGAGGACGACCUGGAGAAGCAGUUCCGCUACCAUUUAAGCGGACUUCACUCGGUUUUGUCCAAACUCACCCGCAAGGCCAACACCCUCACCAACCGGUACAAGGAGGAGAUAGACAUCAGGAGCUGUGGCAUCUGACGCUGUCCAUCAUGUCCCAAUGACUGUGACGUCACUGACGCGAAUACGAGGUGGUCUAUAUUGGGGAGGGGGAGGGGGGGUGUUAUUAUGGAUGAUGGAAUCUGGAGGUCGCCUAUUCCAGUACGGCGUGACCUCCCUCCGCGGCCACGAAUCUCGGGGAAAACCCCCCUUCGAUUCUUCAUGUUUUGAAUAUGCAAAUUACUCCGGUGAACACGUGUUCGUUAUCUGCAAACAUCUCAUCGUGAGUGACGGUUAAGACGACCGCUCCUUUCAGUCGUCUGGCUUGUGGGGUAGCCCCGGCUGCUGCAGAUGCUGCUGCUCUUGUUUUGUAGGGGGUUUCUCCCCCCGCCGGUCUUGGCUGGGAGGCGGACUAACUCAAGUCUUCUUCUGUUUGCCCGCGCUGUGAGCUCUCUACCAGGGCUUUGUUAACUUGGUGUCCUCCUCAUGUUCACACGCAGUCAUUUCUUCAUUUAGAAGCUAUGCAAAAUAACAUCGUGUGGUGUUAAACCCCCCCCCCCCCGCUUUGAACCGGUUUCUCUGCAACGCUUUCUUAACUGGCGUCCCAAAUGGGUUAGGGGUUCUCUUGCCCCCCCCCCGGGGACCAGCCGCAGCAAUGACCAGCAGACAAGUGCUGUUAUGUCCGGCUUUUGUCUUUCUAAUACUCUUGUGUUAUAUUUGGCUGUUUAAACUGGCGAGAGAAGACCAGACCAGCGGUCUUCAAUCCGGUCCUCGGGGACUCUGCUAAUGGAAAACCUCUGGCUUGUAGUUAAUUACAUUUACCAGUUGUGUUGUCUCGUGUCAGGUCUCGAGACCCAGUUCUGUGAUACGCGUAAAAAAAAACAGCGCGCGUUCUCGUACUGGACCCGUCCUGACCGAGGCCACGACACAAUGUGGGCCCUGCCUCACAGGCUGAGAAACCGGGUUUGAAGCCCCUUCUGUACCGUUUUUCUGAUAUUUAUUUGUCCUAAAGGGGUUGUCGCCGGGGGGGGGGGGCAGAAUGCAUUUGUAAGUUCUAAUGUACGAGAAAAGCUUUUGAGAGGA